UCACUUGUGAUUCCUCCCCAGCUCGCCUCGUGCUUGGCCACUUGUGAUUCCUUCAAAGUCGCCUCUGUUUGGCGUGUUUUUCACAGAUGCCUGCCUGUCUCCCACUCGAAUGCCUCUCAGAUUUCCCUCUCCCUCGGUGGAAGGCCAAUCUCUCACCCAGCUGUCUCUCCCUCCUCUGGCAUGCCCCUCUCCAGUGAUCAGGUUGUAUCCCUUCAUUACUUCACAGGCGGCUGUGAUUCCUUCACCUGCCAGGUCUGCUCUGCUGCUCUACAUUAACCACGCUGCCGAUCCUUUAGUUUGCCUGUUCCCGGGUGCUCGUGACGCUUGCCAGAGACCCGUCCCUAAUGCGCACUCAGCUCUGACUCCCUGAUCGGCACCACUCCAGUUCUGCCGCGGCUACUGCUCGUCUGUUUCCAGUGCACGAUUCAGCGGCAUCGCUUCUCAAUCCCGCACCCCACGGCUCCUCGCCCCCUUUCUCCACUCCAGCUGUGCUGACGUUGUGUUUGUUAUGGAGUGACAUCACCUCCUUGCUCUCACCCGCCUUGGAGCUGCUCUUUACUCAUAAGCACCGAAUACUUUGAGGACGUCGCUGUUAUUUUUUUGUUUUGUUUUUGCUUUUUAUUUUUUGAAACUGGAAGCGUAUAAGGAUCUAAUGAUGGACAGCAGCUACAUGAACAUGGCUUCCAUUGGAGACUUCGACCCUCUCCGAGCAAGUAUUCCUGCUACCAAAGUUGAGAUCACCGUGUCCUGCAGAAAUCUUUUGGACAUGGAUACAUUCUCAAAAUCCGAUCCAAUUUGUGUUCUUUAUACUCAAGCACUCGGAAACAAAGAAUGGAGAGAGUUUGGAAGAACAGAAGUUAUAGACAACACUUUAAAUCCAGACUUUGUGAGAAAAUUUAUUUUGGACUAUUUCUUCGAAGAGAGACAAAACCUCAGGUUUGAUCUGUAUGAUGUUGAUUCAAAGAGUUCAAAUUUAUCAAAACAUGACUUCUUGGGCCAAGCACAGUGUACUCUGGGAGAGGUGGUGGGAUCUCAUGGAAACCGGCUAGAGAAGUCAUUGGUUGGUAUCCCUGGUAGGAAAUGCGGAACAAUCAUCGUGAAAGCGGAGGAACUGAGCAACUGCCGAGAGGUUGUGAUGAUGCAGUUUUGUGGCAAUAAAUUGGACAAAAAGGACUUCUUUGGAAAAUCUGACCCUUUUUUGGUAUUCUACAGAAGCAAUGAAGAUGGAACGUUUACAAUUUGUCAUAAGACAGAAGUUGUGAAGAAUACAUUGAAUCCUGUGUGGCAAGCAUUUCAAAUCCCAGUGAGAGCCCUGUGCAAUGGAGACUUUGACAGAACAAUCAAGGUAGAGGUGUAUGACUGGGAUAGAGAUGGAAGCCAUGAUUUUAUAGGGGAGUUUACAACAAGUUACAGAGAACUAUCAAGAGGCCAGUCACAGUUUAAUGUCUAUGAGGUACUAAACCCUAAAAAGAAAAUGAAGAAGAAAAAAUAUCUGAAUUCUGGAACUGUCACGUUGCUGUCCUUUACAGUUGAAAGUGAGGCCACAUUUCUUGACUACAUCAAAGGAGGCACUCAGAUCAAUUUUACUGUGGCCAUUGACUUCACUGCCUCCAAUGGUAAUCCAUCCCAACCAACAUCAUUGCAUUACAUGAAUCCAUAUCAGCUGAAUGCUUAUGCUAUGGCCCUCAGAGCAGUGGGGGAAAUCAUUCAGGAUUAUGACAGUGACAAGAUGUUCCCAGCGUUGGGCUUUGGAGCAAAGCUGCCCCCAGAUGGAAGAGUGUCUCAUGAGUUUGCAUUGAAUGGGAACCCUCAGAAUCCAUAUUGCAAUGGAAUUGAUGGCGUAAUGGAGGCUUAUUACCAGAGUCUGAAAUCUGUCCAUCUUUACGGGCCUACCAACUUUUCUCCUGUAAUAAACCAUGUGGCAAGGUACGCUGCAUCAGUGAAUGAUGGGUCACAGUAUUUUGUUUUGCUCAUUAUAACUGAUGGAGUGAUUUCAGAUAUGGCUCAGACGAAGGAGUCAAUUGUUAAUGCCUCUUUUCUUCCAAUGUCAAUCAUUAUUGUCGGAGUUGGGCCAGCUGAGUUUGAUGCAAUGAUUGAACUGGAUGGAGAUGAAGUCAGAAUAUCAUCGAGAGGAAGAUAUGCAGAAAGAGACAUUGUUCAGUUUGUUCCUUUCAGAGACUACAUUGACACUACUGGAAAUCACAUCCUGAGCAUGGCCCGGCUGGCCAAAGAUGUCCUAGCGGAGAUUCCUGACCAGUUCCUGUCUUACAUGAAAGCCAGAGGAAUAAAGCCGUCUCCUGCCCCGCCACCGUACACCCCGCCUGGCCUGCCUCUGCAAACCCAGAUCUGACAGGGAGCUCCCGAUCUCCUCCAGUCUCCACAUCUCCAGUUCAACAAGUACUACUCAGUGCUGCUCAUGCAACUUUCUCUCUGCUUGCACUAUGUAGACUGAGAUGGCAUCAGGACUGAGUGCUUACGUAGCUUUGCUGAAAUGUUUACAUAUAUUUGCUGCAGUGUGAUCCUUCUUUAAGGGUGUGGAAAGAAGGUCAAGUGAAAUAUAGAAACUGAGGUCUUGAAGAAGGAUGUGAGAAUUGUUUUCUCUUAAGAAUGAAGGCUUUAUAAAAUAAGAAGCAAAGUAGAAUAAAAGAAAAAAAAAAAAGAAAUGCACUAAUGAUCACCUCCUAAACAGGCAGGAAAAGGCAAAGUCUAACCAUCAUUGGAACAGAUUCAACUGCAUAGUUACUCUUGGACCGUUGUACAUAGCUAUGAGAAUGCAUUUCCUCUAUCUCGUAAUGUUUACAUGGUAAGGAUUUUUACAGUUGAAUACUUUUAUAAUUAUACUUUACAUAUAAACUUUUGAAUAAUUCUAAUUUGUGUACGUGUGUGCUGAAUUGCGGGUAUAAUAAACUAAAAAACCAAAUCCCUUUGUUAGAGCUUUAACAGGACUCAUUAAAUUUAAGAAAUCUAUGACAAGGUCAGCUUUCAUAUAAAAGAAAACUUAAAUUAAUUUACUUUUUCUUUCAUCAAUUCAUUCAUUUAAAAUUAAAUUCAGACAUUUAAUUCAGGCUAUUUUUAAACUGGAAAUUACUGUAGUAAAAUGUCUAACGCUUAAAGUCAACACUUGCUUUGUCAUAAACAGCUUCUUCUUUGUAUUAAAUGGUCUGCAGCAAGCCAAUGAGCAUGGACAACAUGAACUGCCCGAGUGGAAGCUGACAAAAGUGUCUCCUAUCACUUUUGACAUUCCCUUCCUGCCAGCUGGGGGCUGACCCACUCAUCUUUUGUCUCUUGUGGUCCUCGCAGUGAUGUGGCAUGUGAGUGUGUGUCCAUAGGUGGUAUGAUGAUGAUGCGUUUCUACUUCUGGCCAGGCCCCUUACUAACUACAGGGUGUUUCACCCUGGCUUAUUCUGCACAUUUUAACCUCUACACCAUUUAACCUAACAUAAACAACACUGGACCUCAUUAUCACAUACUCAAGUAUUUUUAUAUAUUUCCCAUAUCACAAAAACAUGCAAUUCACUGCAGCCUAUUCUUGAAAUCUUAACAUUAGAGUGCUCCGCUAUGUAGAGCUGCUGGACAGAUCUUUUGUCUCAGUCCACAAGUGCAAUGCAGGUUGGGUGCGAAUAUCUGGAAUUGUCACCUCUGUGCUGGUUUAGAUGACCAUAAAACCUUCAGAGAGAGUAAAAAUGCUGUGAUGAUGUCCAUUGGUGUUAGGAUUGUAUUUAUAUCUUAUCUAACAGCUUGCCAGAUAUCUUGCUGCUUGUUCUCAGUUCUUUUUGGCUGACACUACUGAGGUGAGUGGGCUUCUGCUUUGUGAAUUUGCAUUUGCUAUGAUCAUCAUGGAUGGUUUGCAUCAUUUGGAACAUUGCUCUCUGCUAUAGCUGGCACCAUUUAAGAUGUGAUGCUUCCCAUUGGGAAUCUGAGUGGAGACCAUUCAGUCCAUCAAGCCCGUUUGGUAAGCUAAUAGCUAAGCUGUCCCAAUACCUCAUUGAGAUACUUCUUAAAGGUUUUCAAGGUUUCUGUUUCAACUACAUCUCUUGGUAAUUUAUGCAGAGCCCCACAUCUCUUUGCCUGAAGAAGUGCUUCAUGGCUUCAGUUUUAAGUGCACUUCCCCUUAAUUUCCACUGGUGUCCUCGAGUAUGUGAUUUACUUUUAAGCCGUAAGAAUGUUGUUGGAUCUUUGAGGAUUUUAAAUACCUGGAUUAGGUCCCCAUGAAGUCUCCUCUCAUUGACACUACACAGGUUUAAUUCUUUGAGUCUGUCACAGUGGGACAUGUUCUUAAGCCUGGGAUGCACCUGCUUGUUGGUGAAAGGAUGCAUUCUGGGUUUGACUAUCCAUUACUGCAUGCCUCAUCAACAAAAAUAAGGGAACACUGUUUGGGUUUAAGAAGGAAAUUCACCAGAUUUUCUCUUCAAUAAUAAUAAAAUCUUAUCUAAGUCAAACUGCGUUAACUUUAUUAAACAGACAUGGCCAACCAAACAGCUGUUAGAUGCCCCUUGGGCAUUGCAGACUAAGUAGCCCUUACCUAACACAAGAACAUCCCCACAGAUCAUUGUGCACUGACCAGGACUGUACAAGGGACACCACAAGUCUGCACAGUCUACACCUGGCCCCACCUACGACAAGUCCCAGUAACCACCAUACAACACACCAACAUGACACUCUUUCCACUCCAGCCAAGAUAGGGCAUAAUCCUGGCAGCCCUACCAGCAUCUACAAACAAUGGAUGGCCACUCUAAAGAACAACAAUGAAGGCUUCAGCCAAAACUGGUGACAAAAGUGGGUUUUCUCAUCACUAAGGGUGCUUCUUCCAGCUUGGAUGAAUUUCACACUACACUUCCAACUGUCCUGCCUUAUAAGAUGAUUUUCCAGAUUACAAUAACCCAAAAAAAAACAAAACAAGAAAGCACUGCAGAGAAAGAGGUCUCACCCACAGUACCUGUCCUCUCACUGUUAGGAAGGCAGGAGUGGAAGUUACUGGUGGUUCAUACAUGCUGGGCAAAAUUUUACUGCUAGUGAGUGAGCCUAAUUUUACAAUUAUGUACAAGUUCUUUUCAUUUUACCUCAGGAUUUGGAGCCUUUUGUUCAGUUUCCAGCAGUUCUUUAAAUCUUUUACAAUUUCACCAAAAACAUGUUAAAGUGGAAAAGGAACAGUUGCUACAAAGAUAGACACCUUCAUUUAAUGACUCCCGUGACACAUUUUACUAUCAACUAGAACGCUUGUCGCUAUUAAUGAGUAUUUAUUGCCACAGGUCAAUGACAAGUUAAGGAAACAAAAAUAAAAAUAUAAAAACCAUCAUGCCUAAAUAUGCGGCACAGAGGCAUGAAGACUAGGGGUGCUGCCUCCUUGACCGAGGGGACUGCAUUGGUCCUCUGUGCACAGUCUGCAGGUCCAAAGAAUCUGGCCUGGAAUGGGAAGGUGUCCCCAGCGUCACGUCCCACCUGGCAUAUCCAGGUGUGGGUCACGUGUAACUGCAUGUCCAGUGGACUUGGCUAUGUGUAGUACUGGCUGGAAUCUUAGCAGUUUAAACAGGAAAUACCAUUUUAUUUGAAGAAAUGUAAACCACCCUUGGUGAGUCACUUGAAACUUGUGCCAUAUAUCUCUGUGAUUCGUCCCGUUAUGGUGAAGUUCCAUGAUGUUACUUCCAGUAUUGUUUCCUUCCUUCCUCCCUGCCGAAGCCUGCCCACUCAACUCUGUUUGCCCUUUUAGGGCCUUUACUGGCUGCGCUCCAUUCCAACGCCCAGUAGGCUGUGGCACAGCAGUAGACGCCACGUAAAGCCCUAACUCCAGUGAAAGGGAUCUUGGUUUGAAUAUUUUUAUGCUUUGCUGGUGUCACCAUACUAUGCCACUACGCCAAGCCUGCAGGAAUGCAUGUGCGGGUCUCUCUGGCAAAAUGUGGCAGAAAAUGUAACGCACAGCCAUGUGAUUUGUAUCCAUGAAUUUUGUUUACUGAAAUGUCCAAAUAAUCCAGAAUAUGCUUGUUCACUUAUUAAAAGCACACUGAUAUUUGCAUGUACAGUUUUACAAGAAAUGCACCGUUUUUGUGAGUAGAGUUUUAAGAAACAAAAUUAUCUUAGUACAAGAUGGCCUUAAAUUCUCACUGAAUUCUUGGAAUUGUGUAAUGCCUUCAGAUAUUGAGAUUAUUGGUAUAUAUUUGGUGUCAGUGGUCUACUUGCUUUGUCAUGCUUUUGAUUUUUUCUCUUUUUUUUUUGUUUUUUGCACAAGUUCAUGUACGAUCAAUAUUCUAUAUCGAUAUUGUACUUUUGGAAAAGUGAUUUCUCAGUUAUACCUUUCAAAGCAUGACAAUGUGAACAUUUCAAAUAUAUUGUCUGGUUUGGAAUUCAAAACAAGUCAGCCUUGCUGAUUACCUUCUUGUAACAAUAUCUGUUUAUAAACUAAUUAAAAGUUCUUACUAACAUCCAAA